AUGUACCCACUCCCGAUGAUUGAUGAGUUAUUAAAACAGUUGAGGGGUGCUACUUGGUUCUCCAAGAUUGACUUGGCGUCAGGCUAUCAUCAGAUCCUAACAAAUGAGGCGGAUGUUCGGAAGACUGCUUUCAGGACGCGUUAUGGGUACUUUGAGUGUGUAGUGAUGCCUUUCGGUUUAACUAACGUGCCGUCUCCCUUCAUGAGAUUUAUGAACGACGUGUUUAGGGAAUAUUUGGACGUGUUUAGGGAGCAUUUGGAUGUGUUUGUCAUUAUUUUUAUUGAUGACAUCUUGGUAUACUUGAGGAGUCAGGAGGAGCAUGCGACUCACUUGAGGUUGGUUCUGGAGAAGUUUCGGGAACAUAAGCUUUUUACUAAUUUUAGCAAGUGCAGUUUAUGGCAGCGAGAGAUAGGAUUUCUUGGCCACAUUGUUUCUGCAGAGGGAAUGUCUGUGGACCCGGCUAUGAUCGAGGCUAUAAGAUAUUGGCCUAGACCUAGUAGUGCGACAGAGAUCAAAAGUUUUCUAGCUGUGUGUGAGGAGAGAUUUAGUCAGUUCAAGGAGAUGUUGACUAUUACACCGGUGUUGGCGUUACCUGAGCCAGAAAAGCCUUAUAAGGAUUAUAUUGAUGUUUUAUGCAUUGGCCUUGGUUGUGUGCUGAUGCAGGAGAGUAUAGUGAUUGCAUAUGCUUUGAGACAGUGGCAUAGCAGUGACCCUAACCUUCCUACACAUGACCUUGAGUUGGGAGCAGAGCCUUUGGGUUUCGAGGCAGUGGGUUCGGCGGAUCUACUUAGCAGGAUCAAAGUGGCUCAGCGGGGUGAUCAGAGUUUGGCUUACGCACCACGAGCACCUAAUUCUGAGUAUGAGAUAUUGGGAAAGGCUCAUGCGAGCAAGUUUUCUAUUCAUCUAGGGGCGACCAAGAUGUACCAUAACCUCAAGAGGUACUAUCACUGGGUUGGGAUGAAGAGAGAUGUAGCAGACUGGGUUGCGAAGUGCAACACUUGUGCCUUAGUGAAGGCAGAGCAUCAGGUUUCGGGUGAUCUUUUGAAAUUUGUGAGGGAGAUUAUGAAACUGCAUGGAGUGCCAGCUAAUAUUGUGUCAGACCGUAAUUCCAGAUUCACUUCAGAGUUUUGGAGAGCGUUUCAGACAGAGAUAGACACUAAGAGUGGCCAUUGGGCAGAUCACCUGCGCUUAGUUGAGUUUGCAUACAACAACAACUUUCAGGCGAGUAUUGGCAUGUCUCCAUUUGAAACUUUGUGUGGGAGGCCAUGUAGGACACCCCUAUGCUUGACCCCAAUGGGGGAGCGCAUCAUGUAUGAAGCUACUUAUAUUCAGGAGACGACGGAGAAGGUCCAUGUUGUGAGAAUGAACAUGAAGGAGGUUGAGCACAGGCAGAAGAGUUACGCAGAUAGACGCAGAUGA